CAUUCUCACUUGUUGUGUCACCAAAAUAAGUAGAUAAGCGCAUCUACAAAGAUUGAAGACCGAAUCUGAACUCUUAAUACUUUUAAGGAAAAGUCACAAUUUGCCAUGUUGAGUAGGCUGUUGGUUAAGCCUCGUCUGGUCUCAUUACCAUGUCGAAUUUUGUUGACAAAAAGCUUGAAAACAUCGUCGACGGAUGAAACCACUGCUGCUGCCACAAGGGUAGCUAGUACAGAAAACGAAGGUGCAGAGUUGAGACCUCUUUACCUUGAUGCACAAGCAACCACCCCUCUGGAUCCCCGUGUGUUAGAUGCUAUGAUGCCAUACUCUGUAUCUUAUUAUGGAAACCCACACUCACGUACACAUGCCUAUGGCUGGGAGAGUGAGCAGGCUGUGGAACAUGCAAGAAAGCAAGUAGCAGACCUGAUUGGUGCAGAUCCAAAAGAAAUUGUAUUUACUAGUGGGGCUACAGAAUCAAACAACAUAUCUGUUAAGGGAGUUGGACGCUUUUACAAAAAGAAUAAGAAACAUAUCAUAACAACUCAAACAGAGCACAAAUGUGUUUUGGAUUCCUGCCGCUCACUUGAAAGUGAAGGGUUUGAAGUAACAUAUCUGCCAGUAAUGAAAAAUGGACUUAUUGACAUGGAGCAACUGGAGGCAGCCAUCAGACCUGACACAUCUCUUGUAUCCAUAAUGACAGUCAAUAAUGAAAUUGGUGUCACACAACCCAUGGGAGAAAUUGGAUCCCUCUGUCGCAAGAAUAAAGUCUUCUUUCACACAGAUGCAGCACAAGCAGUUGGGAAGAUUCCAAUUGAUGUGAAUGACCUGAAGAUUGACUUGAUGUCAAUCAGUGGCCACAAGAUUUAUGGACCAAAAGGUGUUGGUGCCUUGUACAUCAGAAGAAGACCUCGAGUCAGGGUAGAGCCUAUUCAGAGUGGAGGAGGUCAGGAGAGGGGCAUGCGCAGUGGUACAGUCCCUCACGUGUUGGCAGUAGGAUUGGGUGCAGCCUGUGAAGUGGCUCUAGAGGAAUUGGAGUAUGACCACAAGAGGGUGACGGAACUGUCGAAUCGCUUGGUGAAUGGCAUCACAGAUGGGUUAACCCACGUCAUCAGAAACGGUGACCCGGAUCAUUCGUAUCCUGGAUGUGUGAACCUGUCUUUUGCAUUUGUGGAGGGGGAAAGUCUGCUGAUGGCUCUCAAAGACGUGGCUCUUUCGUCAGGCAGCGCAUGUACGUCUGCUUCGUUGGAACCGUCCUAUGUCCUCCGAGCGAUAGGCGCCGAUGAAGAGCUGGCUCACUCCUCCAUCAGGUUUGGAAUAGGUCGUUUUACUACAGAAGAAGAAAUAGAUUACACUGUGGAGAGGACAGUUAAACAUGUCAAACGCCUUCGCGAAAUGAGCCCGUUGUGGGAAAUGGUGCAAGAAGGAGUCGAUCUGAAGACCAUCCAGUGGUCACAGCACUGAUCGGUCAAAUCUUCAAGUGUCGAUCUCAACAUGGAAAAUUUCCUCCUAGAUCUCAAUGUUUUUUGGGAAACUAGGCUGUGCAAUACUACUGUUUUCUUUAUGAUCACGAUUGUGGCGGAAAGAAUGGCUGGAUAUGAAUCUUCGAUUAAAAAAAAACCUUCGUUUGUUUUAGAUGUUGGAAAUGUAAAUAUCAUGGACAAAAAGGUCAAUACCAACCAACAAGUCUGCUUGAAAAUGAUUAGGACAUUGUUGACAGGGCUUAAAUAAAAAAGUUAGAGAAAAAGCUGCUUGUAGCACAGA